GAAAUUAGAACCGUCUUGCCAGCAACGUCCCAGAUAGGCGCGCAAUAUACCUUCAACCCUAACCCCGUCUAUUCCCGCUCCAGCGGUUUGUGCAACGUGCACACCUGAGCCCCGGACAUCCAGGAACAUCAACCCCACACCGUCGCACUGCGAGGACGCUCGUCGCAUCUGGACAGCAACACCAUCUACCUACAGCCUUUCGCCGACCUCACAGGCGCGGUUCCUCGCCAUGGUCCUUCAAGAUCUUGGCCGCCGCAUCAAUGCGGCCGUCAGCGACCUGACGCGCGCACCAAAUCUUGACGAGAAGGCCUUCGAUUCGAUGCUAAAGCAGAUAUGCUCUGCCCUGCUCGAAGCCGAUGUCAACGUGCGGCUGGUCGGCCAGCUGCGCAAGUCGAUCCGCGCCACCGUCAAGUUCAAAGAGCUCCCGCCCGCCGUGAACAAGAAGCGGCUGAUCCAGAAGGCCGUCUUCGACGAGCUGGUGCGCCUCGUCGAUCCGCAUGCCGAGCCGUUCAAGCCAAAGAAGGGCAAGUCCAACGUGAUCAUGUUCGUCGGGUUGCAAGGUGCCGGAAAGACAACAACCUGCACGAAGCUCGCCAGGCACUACCAGUCGCGCGGCUUCCGCACCGGCCUGGUGUGCGCCGACACCUUCCGCGCCGGCGCCUUCGACCAGCUGAAGCAGAACGCGACCAAGGCCAAGAUCCCAUACUACGGCAGUCUGACCGAGACGGACCCGGCCGUGGUGGCGCGGGACGGCGUCGAGAAGUUCAAGAAGGAACGGUUCGAGGUCAUCAUCGUCGACACGUCAGGUCGCCACAGACAGGAGAGCGCGCUGUUCCAGGAGAUGGUGGACAUCCAGACGGCGAUCCGGCCGGACGAGACCAUCAUGGUGCUGGACGCCUCGAUCGGGCAGCAGGCCGAGGCGCAGGCGAAGGCGUUCAAGGAGGCGGCCGAUUUCGGCGCCAUCAUCAUCACUAAGACAGACGGCCACGCGGCGGGCGGCGGGGCCAUCUCGGCUGUCGCGGCGACGCACACGCCCAUCGUGUUCAUCGGCACGGGCGAGCACAUGCUGGACCUCGAGCGGUUCGUGCCGCGCAACUUCAUCAGCAAGCUGCUGGGCAUGGGUGACAUGGCCGGGCUAGUGGAGCACGUGCAGAGCCUCAAGCUAGACCAGAAGGAGACCAUCAAGCACAUCAGCGAGGGCAUCUUCACGAUCCGCGACCUGCGCGACCAGCUGCAGAACAUCAUGAAGAUGGGCCCGCUCAGCAAGAUGGCGGGCAUGAUCCCGGGCAUGAGCAACAUGAUGCAGGGGAUGGACGACGAGGAAGGGUCGCUCAAGCUCAAGCGCAUGAUCUACAUCUGCGACAGCAUGACCGACAAGGAGCUGGACAGCGACGGCAAGCUGUUCAUCGAGCAGCCGACGCGCAUGACGCGGGUGGCGCGGGGUUCGGGCACCACGGUGCGUGAGGUCGAGGACCUGCUCACGCAGCAGCGCAUGAUGGCCGGCAUGGCCAAGAAGAUGGGCGGCAACAUGAAGAACAUGCAGCGCGCCCAGAGCGCCAUGGCCGGCGGCAACAAGGCCCAGCAGCUGGCCGCCAUGCAGAAGCGGCUGCAGAGCAUGGGCGGCAUGGGCGGCAUGGGCGGCAUGGGCGGGCCCGGCGGCAUGCCCGACAUGGCCAGCCUGAUGAAGAUGUUUGGUGGCGGUGGUGGCGGCGGCGGCGGCAUACCCGGUCUUGGGGGGAUGGACAUGAACGCCAUGAUGAGGCAGAUGGGCGGAAUGAUGGGGGGGCAAGGGUCGCGUGGCGGGCGGAGGUAGGCAUCAGGGCAUCGCACAUGCAGAGUGGUUUCUUCUUUCUUUUCUUUCCUGUCGUUCCAUGUGCAACGUUAAUGGUCAAAAGGGAUCGCAUGGUCUGGCGUCAGGGUGGUACAGCACAAAUACAAUACAACACGGGGGCCGGUCUACUGGAUGAUCAUACCAACUAACAUGUUAUUGCACGAUACCUACUAAGGUCCUAUCCAAAAUGGCCUGCAACGGCGUGAGCGGACAAAAAUUGGAUUGGCAUCGAUUGGAGCCUGUAAGCUACAGGCCAUCACUCUCAUAGUGAUUUCA